CUGUGUCAGGCGUCACGUGAUCGUGUUGCCAUGACAGCGCCUCUUGUUUACAUUAGCCAUGUAGCAGUGGAUCUGUGUGUAGCCAGAUUAGCUAAAAGUUUUACAUUCACAGCUCAUCGUCGCUACAGACGUGUUUGAGUCCCCGCAGUGUUUCACGAUGCCUCCGAAGACUAAAAGCAAGAAGGCUGUGAAGGGCAAGUCCUCCGCGGUGGUGGACGGUCUUUCAACGGAUGAGAUGUCAAAGGAUCAGCUGGAGGAGCACAUCGUGCGUCUGAGGGAGGAGCUGGACAGGGAGCGCGAGGAGAGGAGCUACUUCCAGCUGGAGAGGGACAAGAUCCAGGCAUUCUGGGAAAUCUCCAAGAGGAACCUGGAGGAGACGAAGGCCGAGCUUAGGAACAGACGCAGGGAGAGAGAGGAGGCCGAGGAGCGCCACCGAGUGGAGAUCACUGUGUACAAGCAGAAGCUGAAGCACGUCCUGUCCGAACACCACGACAUCGUCUCCGAGCUGAAGAUGAACGGCGUCGCCUCGACCGCGCUGACCCGCAACCAGCAAACCCAGUCGGAGCUCAAGCUGCGCAGAGACGUUCACGGCCUGCAGGCGGACGUCAGGGAGAAGGAGCGCCACAACGACAACUGCGUCAAGGAGCUCGAGCUGAAACAUCAGGUGGAGUUAAUGGAGCUGACAAACGACUACGACACGAGAGUCAGAGAAAUCGAGAUCAAAUAUCACAAGAAAAUGCAGACGAUGGCCGAGGCGGAGAACAAAAAGAGACGAGCUGAGGUCGUCGAGAUCGAGGAGCAAAUGAGAGAACGCAUCGUGACUCUGAUGGAGGACCACGACAAGAAGUACAGGAGCGCUGAGGAGUAUUACUCUUCUCUUCAAAACAAACUGCUGGUAGACCAGAAGGAGCUGAGGGAGGAAUUCGCAGAGGUGAAGCAGCAGCAGGUGCGAACGGACAGACAGCUGUCGGCAGCUCGGCGGGAGAACAAACGUCUGCAAGAGUGUCUGCGGGAAGCCGAGCAGAAGCUGCCGAAGCUCCGCAAACAGCUGGAGGAACACAACCAGGCCAGAACCGAGCGAGCGAUGAGCAGAGCUCGUAUGAGGGUUGUGGAGCAGGAGCUGAGAGAUCUGUCCAUUCAGCACGAGCUGCUGCUUCAGGCUUUUGAAAAGGUUCAGCGGGAGCGUGACGAGCUGCUGCAGAAGCAGACGCAGCUCAUUCUGGACGUUCAGCAGAAGAGCGGGCUGAAGGAGCUGCUGCUGGAGAGGAAGCUGGCCGCUCUGACAGAAACUCUGGAGAAGAAGGAGGCUCAGCUCUACGCCGCGCUCUCUGCCUCCAACGUCGACCAAACAGCCGGCAGCGCCGCAAUCAAACUCGAGGAAAUACUGGAGUCAAAAAGAGUCGCCAUCAAGGCCUUACAGGACGACUUGGCCCGAGACAGUCAGGAGUACGACAACCUGCUGCACACCUGUAAGGAGAGGCUGAAGGAUCUUGGCGUCCCGCUGUACGACUUCCCCUUCAGUCCUGCAGAGCAGAUCCUGAACGGACAGAAACCUGCAGGAUCCUCCAAACACUGAACUCAUACUCACCUGGAUACCUGGAUACCUCUCUACCUCCAUCUCAUUUGAUUUCUGAUUGUUUGUAAAGAAAAGUUGCAUCAUGCUGCUGAACAACAAUAAACAAUAUCUUUGUCAUACUA